AUGGCGAGUAUCAUCGCGGCCUCGCUGCUGGCGCUUGCUGCUGGAGCACAUGCUCAGCUACACGGCAGAGGCUUUCCAGAUUGCACCAAUGGACCUCUGAAAAACAACACCGUCUGUGACACGGCCGCCGAUCCGCUGACCAGGGCGAAGGCACUGAUAGCAGAAUUCACCUUGGCCGAGAAGAUCAACAACACAGGCUCGACAUCGCCCGGGGUGCCACGCCUAGGACUUCUCCCGUACGAAUGGUGGCAAGAAGCACUACAUGGCGUGGCCUCGUCUCCUGGUGUCAAUUUCUCGGUCUCUGGAGAGUUUCGUUAUGCUACCUCAUUCCCUCAGCCCAUCCUCAUGGGUGCUGCAUUUGACGAUCAACUCAUCCAUGAUGUCGCCUCGGUCAUCAGUACUGAAGCUAGAGCCUUCAGCAACGACGACAGAGCGGGACUAGACUUUUGGACUCCGAACAUUAACCCGUUCAAGGACCCAAGAUGGGGUCGGGGCCAAGAGACGCCAGGAGAGGACCCGUAUCAUCUAUCAAGCUACGUUCACUCCUUGAUCCGGGGUUUGCAAGGCGACAAUCCUUCAUACAAAAAGGUUGUUGCUACGUGCAAGCAUUUCGUUGCUUACGACGUCGAAAACUGGAAUGGCAACUUCCGCUAUCAAUUGGACGCUCAUAUCAACUCGCAAGAUCUUGUCGAAUACUACAUGCCACCUUUCCGUUCGUGUGCUCGCGACUCCAAUGUUGGCGCUUUCAUGUGCAGCUACAACUCGCUGAACGGUGUUCCCACCUGUGCUGAUCCAUACCUUCUCCAAACUGUUCUGCGCGAACACUGGAAUUGGACUGCAGAAGAGCAGUGGGUGACGAGCGAUUGCGAUUCCGUUCAGAAUGUUUUCCUUUACCAUAACUAUGCUUCAUCUCGCGAAGAAGCCGCAGCGAUUUCCCUGAAAGCCGGAACCGACAUCAACUGUGGCACUUACUACCAGGAGCAUCUGCCAAGGGCGUAUGAGCAGGGACUGAUUAAUGAGACUGAUGUUGAUACCUCCUUGAUCCGCCAGUACGGUUCCUUGAUUCGACUCGGCUACUUCGAUGGCGAUCGAGUUCCCUACAGGAAUUUGACCUGGAACGAUGUCUCAACUCCCUACGCCCAAGACCUUGCUCUGAAGGCAGCUACUUCCGGGAUCACGCUGCUCAAGAAUGACGGUAUCCUACCACUUCAAAUCACAAAUGGAACCAAGAUUGCACUGAUUGGUGAUUGGGCGAAUGCAACAGAUCAGAUGCUUGGAAACUAUCAUGGAAUUCCUCCCUACUUUCACUCACCUCUUUGGGCAGCACAGCAGACCGGCGCAGAAGUGACAUACGUCCAAGGUCCAGGCGGGCAGUCAGAUCCGACUACAUACACAUGGCGCCCUAUUUGGUCAGCGGCAAAUAAAUCAGAUGUAAUCAUCUACAUCGGAGGUAUGGAUGAGCGUGUUGAGGCUGAAGAGAAGGACCGUGUUAGUAUCGCCUGGUCUGGACCACAGUUGGACGUCAUCGGCCAGCUUGCAGACUACUAUGACAAGCCAACGAUCGUUGUACAGAUGGGUGGAGGAUCUUUGGACAGCUCGCCUCUCGUCAAAAAUCCAAACAUCAGGGCAUUGCUUUGGGGUGGAUAUCCUGGCCAGGAUGGCGGAAAGGCGAUCUUCGAUAUUCUCCAAGGAAUUUCUGCACCAGCUGGUCGCCUCCCAAUAACUCAAUACCGCGCCGAUUAUAUAUCAAAGGUUCCUAUGACUGACACAUCACUGCGCCCUAACGCAACAUCUGGAAGUCCAGGCCGUACCUACAUCUGGUUGAAUGAAGAACCAGUCUUCGAAUUUGGCUACGGCUUGCACUACACGAAUUUCACGGCGACAAUCCCAGACGCGGAGUCAAGCGACACAACUUACAGUAUCGAUUCUCUCGCAUCCGACUGCACAGAAUCGUAUCUUGAUCGUUGUCCAUUCAAGACGUUCUCGAUCGACGUCACCAAUACCGGCUCGGUCACCAGCGACUAUGUCACUCUUGGCUUCCUCACUGGUGCUCAUGGCCCAGAGCCAUGUCCUAACAAGAGGCUCGUGUCAUAUCAAAGACUGCAUAAUAUCACCGCCGGCUCCACACAAACCGCAGCUUUGAAUCUGACUCUCGGAAGUCUAUCAAGAGUUGACGAUAAGGGCAACACGGUCCUCUUCCCAGGUUCUUACGCUUUGCUUGUGGACGUGCAGCCCAUGGCAUAUGUGAACUUUACGCUCACCGGUAAGCCGAAGGUCUUGGAUGAGUGGCCUCAGCCGCCUGAACCGACGAGUCAGAGUUCGGACUAUUUCGUGGGAGGUUAUGGAUCGGACAUAACGCCAUCUUGCAAAUAG